AUUAAAAACACGUUUGAACACGGGAGAUUUAAAAAAAAUAAUAAUAAUAAUUUUUUUUUAUUCAUGCAUUGUAGUGUUAAAUAUCAAAAAUCUAAAAGGUGUGCAUUAUAGAUGACACCUAGAUGAACACUUUACAGCUGGUUUUGUGACGGUGAUUCUCUUCAAAUUCUAUUGAGCUUUAAAUUAUGGGUUUGUUUUUUUUUGUACGAGUCCAUUCAUUAGUGAAAUACAUAGCAAUAAUUAUACAUGAUUUCUUCAUUUAUUUUAUUAAAUAUCAAAACAUCAAACAAGGUUUGCUUUAUAGAUGACACCUAGAUGAACACUUUACUGUUGGUUCUGUGACUGUCAUUCCCUUCAAAUUCUAUUGAGCUUUAAAUAAUGGUAUAUUUUGUGUAUGAGCCCAUUCAGUAAUGAAAUACAUGAUUUACAUAUGAUUUAAUAGUUUAUUUUAUUUUUAAAUAUAAAAAAAAAUCUAAAAGGUGUGUGUUCUAGCUGACACCUAGAUGAACACUCUACAGUUGGUUUUAUGACUGUAAGUCAUUCCCUUCAAAUGCUAUUGCUAUUUGGUAUCAAAUUCAUGUACAAAUCCAGGCUAAAGGACUUUCAAGGCUUCUACAUUAACACCAUUUGUUAAUUAAUUAAUUAACAAUUGUUAAUUAACAACUGGUGUUAAAUUUAUAUUAAUUAUAUCUGGUUAUAGCAAAGGUAAGUUCUUUUUUUAAACAAUCAAAUUCCCCAUCUCCUUUACAUCUGCACAAUGGCAGGAACUCCAACCAUUCAUAAAUAUAAGCAUGAUGUUAUUGUAACUAGAGACUGUACUGAUGAAAUAACAUAUGUUGGACAUAGCACUAAACAUUUUCGAGGAUUUCUAAGCACAUUUUGUUCUUUUUAGUUUAAUGUGUUAAAUUUUAGAUGUAAUGUUUUCAUAUAUUUUUCUGCUCGAAAUCAAUGCUCCUUGUGUAUGACAAUAGAGAGUGAACUUUAUAUAGGUGUAGAAUUAUUUCGUUUUAAAGUAACGCAUCAGUCAUGCACAAUAUGUUUUUGAGCUUCUGCAUUUAGGGAUAACCAAAUAUUCAAAAUAAUACGAUUCAGAACUGCACCACUCAAAGUCAUUUCCAGCAGAGACUGAUGAGGAGACCAACAUCUCACCAAAAUGGAUGGGAAACUUUAGGGGGAGGAGCCACAGUGCCAAAAAAGCCUGGAGUUUGCCUGAUGAUCCAUCAGUCUCUGCACGUAUCUCUGCUUGCCUGUAGGACAUCUCGGUCUGGAUGAUGGAACACCACCUUAAGCUCAACCUGGCAAAAUCUGAGCUUCUCGUCAUCCCAGCCUAUCCCUCAAUCAACCACAACCUCACUGUACAGCUCGGCUCAACCACACUCAAGCCAACCAGGACAGCCAGGAACCUUGGGGUGAUUAUCGACAGCUUGACCUUUACAAACUACAUCUCAACUACUGCACGGUCCUGUAGGUUCAUCCUGUACAACAUCAAGAAAAUCAGACCCUACCUCACUGAACAGGCUACACAACUACUAGUCCAGGCUCUUGUUAUCUCAAAACUGGACUACUGCAACUCACUACUCUCGGGCCUCCUAGCCAGCUGCAUCAAACCCCUUCAAAUGAUUCAGAAUGCAGCAGCACGCCUCGUCUUCAACCAGCCCAAGAGAACCCAUGUCACACCCCUCUUCAUCUCCCUCCACUGGCUUCCUGUAGCCACCCGCAUCAAAUUCAAGGCCUUGAUGCUCACCUACAUGACCUUGUCUGGAACAGCACCCCCCUACCUCAACACUCUCCUGAAGGCAUAUGUUCCCUCACGCAAUCUGCAAUCAAUCAACGACCGACGCUUAUUAGCACCUACUCAGCGUGGCUCAAGGUCCCUUUGAAGAAUCUUCAAACUAAAUGUUCCUCAGUGGUGGAAUGAACUUCGAACCUCAAUCCGGACCACAGAAUCUCUCACCAUCUUGACCCACCUCUUCCGUGAACACCUAACCAACCCCUAAUAAAUAAUAAUAAUAAUAAUAAUAAAAAACCUUACUCUGGCAUUUACACCUCUACUCUGUGCACUUUGUUUCUUCUGGAACUCAAUUAAUGGAUCUUGUAUGGUAGCACUACUUGUAUUGAUAUACUUGCUUGAUAUAUCGCUUUGCUUGUAUUUUCUCAUUUGUAAGUCGCUUUGGAUAAAAGCGUCUGCUAAAUGAAUAAAUGUAAAUGUAAAUGUGAUGUACUUGAGAAGAUGGGUCUGAAGAGAAAAGUGACACCAAGUCAGAUCACAAAAUGGGAGAAAGCAGAAGCAGCACUGUGCUGGAUUUUCUGGAGAGCAAGGCAGAAAAUGAUGAGGAAGGAUUUCAUGCCACGCACAAACUAAUGACCUCUACCAGCAACAGGGUCCUUGACCUCUUUGAAGAAUUAAUAAAAAGGGUUAAACAUGAUCCUGGGGUAUCCGUUUUGUUCUUAAAAUAUUUUGUGAGACUUGAUAUUCCUUAAUAGAUGUUUUUAUUCCAAACACACUUGUCAGAUGUGUACCGUCCCGGACAGUGAAGAAUGUUAAUAAGAAGUUAUAUUUAUUAUCAAAAUGGUU